UAACUUAAAAAAAAAGUGUAACAUUUGCCUCAGAGAUGUUGUGGAGUACUGUAAAGUUACGUACAAUGAAAACACUCAAGUAAAGCACAUGUACCUCAGUUACAUCCAUUCUGUGUUUGUUCACAUUACCACAUCACACUUGCAUAAGUUGCCUAUUGAACCACAAGGUUUUUCCAAACUACUUGUGAUGUCAUAAAAUCAUGCUCAUGCGUAGACAUCAGAGGAACUGUCUUUCCUUCUGAGACGUGUGCGAAAACAGCCCGUUAUUGUCACACUCUGCACAGACGUCAUUCUGCACAGCGAAGGUCAAACAAAACAUUUUUGAGUGAAGGGAGACUUUAAAAACAUUAAAUCAAAUGAAUAUCUUUGCAUGGCAGACACUGAUACGACAUUCCAUGACAGAAAAAGCAGAGGUUAACUUUGAAAAACUAGAAAAGGCUGCAUCCAACUUAGCUUGGCCAUUUUUUUUCUUCCCAGCAGACAUUUUGAUGUGAAAUGGCAGGAAAACCGUGUAAUUAAUAAUAUGAAUAAUUGCUGAAUUUUCUCUAAGCUUCACACAUUUCAGCGCCUGUCACUGUGUGUCUUGGCUCGCUGACAAAGCUUUCAGAUGCACUUAAUAGUGACUCAACCAUGGUCAAUGAUAUUAAUUACACCUGCGCCUGCCCUGCUAUGACACAUGGAACGGAGCCAUUCCUAAUAGUUUUUGCUUCGCCUAAGCGUUUCCUGCUGGGACCGGUUUGUGUACUGUAAUUUCGUAUGAGACAGGGAACAAAACACUGGUGAUGUUCAGCGGAAAAAUUCCAUGUUGUUCCACUUCAGUUAUUGUGAAAAUGUCACGUGCACUGAAAUACCACCUCUCAGCAUGGCUGCUGUCUUCUUUAACGCUCUAAGUCCUACCUUCAUGAUUGUUGUAAUGUUAGAGCUAUAGGUAACUGCCGUGAAUGUAACCUGGGUUUAUUUUUAUGGAUGUAGCAUAACAGUGUCUCUACAUUUCCUGUCACGUUUCAACUUUUAAGUAACUCCAAACACAACAAAUGAAUCAACAGUGCUGGCAUUUUUGUUUUGUUUUGGGGUUUUUUGUUGUUGUUGUUGUUGUUGUUGUUGUUGUUGCAUUACCUGGAAUCAAAAGAAAAAAGAAAAAAAAACCUAGUUUGUCUGUCACCCAAAAAGACAGUUCGCAGCCUCCUCAGAGCUCGUCCAGUCCAGUUCCUCCAGCUGUAAAUAGAUAUGUUGAAGGACUUGUUUGUGUCAAACAAAAAAAACUCAAGCCACUUCCAGUUUAGAUGCAGGAAGCAUUUUUCACAAACACUUCCGAAGAAGUGAUUGUGAAACAAAUCAGCUGUUUGCAGUUGUGUACACUUCAAGUACGUUUUCACACUUUACAUUAUGCGAGCGCUGAUGCAACAGAGGCACAUUAGACAGUCCUAUAAAGGUGGUUCAGCACGUGUAAUGGCAUAGUAGCGUCUGUGGAUGAGGAAUCACUGACAUUUUCAAGUGCUCCAUCGCUGGUUAAUGAAGAACACGGCAGCGCUCUGUUGGAGCUCCUCUGGCUUUGCAACACAUCUCCUCCUGUGAUGAUCGCAGUCAGCAGAUCCAGGUCUCUUUACCAGAGGCUGAACAAUGAUAUCAAAGACAGGCUGGCUGCCUACUCCCUGAGUCUCCACACAUCAGCCAACUCAACGGUAAACUUGCUCAGGGAUGUUGACCCGGUGGUCUUCGCCAUCAGGAGAGGGGACAUGAAGGCUGUAAAUGACGCGGCUUCAUCCUCUGCUCACCGCCUGCUGAAGGAGAACAAAGAUGGGUGGAUACCUCUGCACGAUGCUGCCUUCUGUGGACAGACGGAGUGCUUGAAGAUCCUACUGAGAGCUCAUCCAGGUUCAGUGGACAAACGUACCUUGCAGGAGCAGACGGCCCUGCUGCUUGCCGUCUCAUGUGAACACUCGUCAUGUGUGCGGUGCCUUCUGGAAGCAGGCGCUGACCCCGACAUCAGCAGCAAGAACAAAGAGACCCCUUUGUACAAAGCCUGUGAGUUGGAGAGCGUGGACAUGGUGAGCCUGAUCCUGUCCUACGGUGCCACUGUGAACCAGCGUUGUGGUCAGGGCUGGACGGCCCUCCACGAGGCUGUAUCCAGGGACAACACAGACAUCUGUGAGAUGCUAAUAAGAGCCGGGGCCUCAAUCAAUCCACCCAAUACCUACAGCAUCACACCACUCAUUGUAGCAGCUCAGCGAGGACAGAUGAGGGCACUGUGUUACCUUAUUGGAAAAGGUGCAGAUGUGAACAUGCAGACGUGUGAUGGUGUCACAGCGCUGCACGAGGCGAGUAAAAAUGGCCACAAGGAAGUGGUAGCAGUGCUGUUGACUAAAAACGCUGAUGCAAACAAACCCACAAACUCAGGACUGCUGCCGCUACACGUGGCAGCACAGUAUGGACACCAUGACCUUGUGUCCCUGCUUGUCCCAGUGACAAGUCGAGCCAGGCUCCGCAACAGUUGCAUCAGCCCCCUCCACCUGGCAGCAGAGCACAACAGACACACUGUGGCAGCUGUGCUGCUGAAGACAGGUGCAGAUGUAAACGCCACACUGGCCCACAGUCACUCAGUCCAGUAUGCUGAUCGCCGCGCAACAGCCCUCUACUUUGCCAUCGCCAACGGCAGCACCGAGACAGCGGAGGUGUUGCUAAAGGCAGGAGCUAGUCUAAGCCUGGACCCGGUCAGCCCUCUCCUGAUGGCGGUGCGGCAAGGCUGUGUCAGCACCGUGUCUUUGCUUUUGGAGAGGGGGGCCGAUGCGAACGCCACAAUCCCGUCUCAUGCUACAACAUUCCCCGCUGCUGUUGCACUUUGCAUGAAUAAUCUGCCUCUACUCAAGUGCCUUUUGGACAAUGGCUGUGAUGCCCUGUCUUGUUUUACAUGUACACAUGGCAGUGCCCCUCAUCCGACAGCAGCGGGGUCCCACAUAAGAGGUGGCAACAAUGGAUAUGUUCUGCAGAAUGAAAAUAUGCUUCAUUUAACCUGCACUGAGCCACAAGAAGGAGCAACACAGUUCUGUGAGUGGAUCUCAAGUUCAGUUGUGUGUCAGCGGGCUGGACCGAUCAUAGACCUGCUGCUGGAGCAUGUUGCUCAGGUUCAGCUGUGCAGCAAGCUCACCGAACUGCUGGACAGCCAGGAAGAAUGGCUCGCCGUUAAGAGGAAGUCACUGUCACCUCGUCCACUGCUGCACCUUUGCAGAUUACGGAUUCGGACCCAAAUGGGGAGAAACAGACUGAAAUCUCUCACGAGCCUACCCCUGCCAGACAGACUGAUCAGAUACCUGAGCCUGGCUGACUGACCUUAACAUGAACGUCAAGCAAUAUAGGCAUCAGAGCUGUGACUAAAUUUAUCAUUCUGUGGUUCUUUUUUUAGUCAAAUCUGUAAAUGCAGUUCUCUAUGUAUAAAACAUCUAUUUAUAACAUGAGAAGUGUGACUAU